CAAUCUUUCUGCACAACCGAGUCUUAAAUAAAUAACUAAUAUUAAAUAUAAUUGAAAUUAUUUAAAGUAACAUCUUAGUUACAAACUUACAGAAUUGUUUCCUCCUCCACUCCACGCCCUCUAUAAUUUUUCCUGGUAUAAGUGUUUUCCUGCUUGUUUUGAUAACAUGAAACAUAAUGUAUUUUUUACACAUAUCACAAUAAAUUAACAAGGUGCCACUUUAAAAAUGGCUUUCGCCUAUAAUUUAGAGGCAAAUGACGAGCUGUGGCGAGAAUGUGCCCAGUGGUUGACACAAUGGGAGCUAAUAAGACCAGACCACAGAGUAAAUCUUCCAGACUCCAGGAUUAACCACUUCGCUAACAUCCUUCGUGAUGGAGUGUUGCUGUGUAAAUUGCUUAACAAAAUUGACCCAGGAUGUAUUGAUAUGAAAAGUAUUAAUCUGAAACCAACAAUGGCUAGAUUUUUGUGUAUACGCAACAUAAGAACAUUUCUACAAACUUGCCAAAGUAGUUUUAAUUUAAAACAGAAUGAUUUGUUUGAUGAGGCAAUGCUAUUUGACUUGACCAACUUCCAUAAGGUGCUUUGCACACUAUCAAAAGUCUCCUUGCAUCCCAAGGCCCUUAGGACAAAUAUCAGGGGAUUUAAUGUGCAAAAGGAGAACACAAGAGAAGAAGAUGAAAUCUAUCAGAGUCUACAAACUGAAGUGCUACCACUAGGAAUGUCGCGGGCUGCGUCAGGUGGUAUAGGCGGAUGUGGUACGUCCGAACGUAACGGCUGGCUACAGUUUACAAUCCCUUGCAACUUAUCGGAGGAGCGGGAGGAGCAGGCCUACGAAGACCUGUGCUAUGUAACGAUCUCGGCUGAGCUCUACGAUGAGCAAACCCACACAUAUGAGAAACGAGAUUUUGUUAUCAACGAACUACUUGACACCGAGAAGAAUUAUGUGGAAGUACUGACGAAUCUCAAGAAGAAUUUCAUGAUCCCUCUUUAUCAAUAUUUGAACGACGAUGACAUGCGCACUAUUUUUUGCAACAUUGAAGAACUGCACGAGAUACAUUCUGCCUUCUACUCAGAACUGGUCCAGAUUAGAAAUCCAACACCAGGCACACAACCGCCAAAAUUAUCCAGCAUAUUUAUGAAAUACCGCGAUAAAUUUCUCGCCUACGGACAAUACUGCGCUAAUCUACAACAUGCAACAUCUAGACUUCAAGAACUGUGCGAUAAUAGCGAGCAUUCGGAUUUUAAUAACGAAGUAGCGAAAUGCGAAAAGAUGGACAACAAUGGUAGAUUCAAGUUACGAGAUGUGCUUUCAGUACCGAUGCAACGCAUACUGAAGUACCAUUUAUUACUGGAGAAACUCAUAGAAAAUACGUCGAAUAAUCAUGAAGAGUAUAUAGCUUUAACACGUACUCGUGAAAUUAUGUUGGAUGUAGCGGGCUACAUCAAUGAAGCGGCUCGUGACAGCGACAACGCCACAGUUAUUAAAAACGUACAACAGUCAAUCGGCGAUUGGGUUACCACAGCCGGUGAUCUUCCUUGCGAGGAGUACGGACGUCUACUCAAAGAUUGUGACCUGCGAAUGAAGUACCACGAAAACAGUCGUCCCAUCAAAAGUCGCUACGUAUUUAUCUUCGAAACAUGCAUUAUCGUAUGUAAGCAGCAAUCGAAGGGUUUCUCCUUCCGUGAAAUCAUACGGUUGCGCGACUUUCACGUGGAAGACGGUCAUCAGCGCCAGACUCUUCAGCGGGAUUUGAAAAUGAUGAAUCAAUUCCAUCUGGUUCGAAACGAUCAGUCGAGCGUUAUUACCGUGUUCGUGCGAACCGAAGAUCUGAAACGCUCGCUAAUGAAAAUAUUGAGAGACGCACUCGAUAACUUGAAACCGGCAGUGGCGCAACGUACCAACCAUCAGUUGGAAUAUACUACUUUUAAGAAACCCACCACUUGUCACUUCUGUUCGAAAUACUUGCGAGGACUGAUCUACCAGGGUUACCGUUGCACUAGCUGUGGCGAUGCUUUCCACAAACAGUGCAUCGCUAACUUAAGACGAUGCAUGGGUCACGCUAGACACUCCCGCAUGCAUGAACAUGUGCCAGCCCCUGGACUAGCACCUUCGCCACCACCUGUACCACCACCCUUGAACGAGGCACACGGUGACGAUCCUCUUCGCCAUCAAUUAUGGUUUGUCGGAGAAAUGGACCGCCAAUUGGCGGAGACAAAGCUGCGUGGUCGCAAGCGUGGCACCUACCUUGUGCGUAUUCGCCCGAAAAGUAGGGAGCAGGACCGUUACGCGCUUUCGCUUAAGACUGAUGGUACAAUGGUAAAGCACAUGAAAAUUAUGUGUACUGAACCUUCGAAUAGCGACUCGGUUAAAUAUUACUUGUCUCCCUCCAAGUACUUUAAUAGCAUAGAGGAAUUAAUAAUCAACUAUCAACAUUAUAGUCUCAGGGAAAACUUUGAGAGACUGGCGGAAGAUACGAUUCUACAUUGGCCAUAUCGUCAACUUGUCGCUAUAGUGAUUGAAAGCUUUAAUUCCGAUGAUGAUCACGAGUUAUCAUUGACUGAAGGCGAAGAGGUCUUUGUCAUCGGACGUGAGGGUUACAGGGAUGGAUGGCUUAAAGGCUAUAACAAAGAUGAUAAGGUCGGAUAUUUUCCUGAACAAAACGUCUCUAUUGAUAGAGAAGCGAUAUAUGAUUGACUGUGAAUGCACAACUAGACUAGUCCUAGAAACGAAUAUUUGAUAGACUUAUCAAUAAUUUAAACACUUCUAUUUACAUCUUUCACGACGAGUAUUUAUAGAUAUGUACUGAAGACAUGAAAUUCACUCUUCUAUAUGUGUAGACAAACAAACAUGAAGAUGACAUGCAAAUUCGGGAUAGGACGAAACUAUAAUAUAUCCGUGCCAUUUUAAAAUUAAAUAGUCACGUUUUCAUUAACAUUAAAUCGUACAACUACUUACUCGCUAGGACAAAAUUAAUAGUAUUACUUUAAUAUAUGAAUAUUAUAUAGGUAUAAUAAAUUGAGGGAAAGAAAUUGAAGCAAUGAUGAUAGUGCCAAAUAUUAAGCUAAUGUAAAUAAAAAGUUCCUUUAGUAAAUUGAUCCCGCUCCGUCUUUGUUUAGUCGGUCGUCCAUUUUUAUCUGACAGGGUUACAGUCAAGCAACGAAUCGAAAAUUCUUAUCGACACAAAAAUAAUUUAUCACUCACAAAAAAGAAUUAUUUAAAAAACUAAUAUAUGUUAUUUAUGUAUCUAGAAAUUUAUAUCCAAAAUUUAUCUUAUUUCUAUGAAGUUUAUAAAUUUGAAUUUCGUUAUAUAUAGCUACUUUUGGAGAAUGUUAUUGAAUAAAGUGGAAUCAAUUUUGCUAAUGUAUGUUAUCUGUUAAGUAUUUAUUGGCAUAAACACUAUUUGUUCAUAAAUAUAUAUAUGAGUGUUCAUUUAUACAGAUAUUUAAAUAAAAUAUUUAAUUAA